AUGGCUAGUUUGUCAUCACCAAUUCGGCUGCUUCUUUUCGACUUGGAUGAUACCUUGUGGGAUAUGCCACGGACUUUGGCGCACGCGGAGCAGUGUUGGCAGGAAUUCAUGACUAAGCGGGGAUAUGGAGAGCUUGCGAGGCACUAUAGCGAGCCGAGAGAUUUGAUGAUAUUGAUCGAGGCGAAGCGAAACGAGUGGAGUGCUGACUAUUGGGAGCGCCGCAGACCGUAUUGGAAUUACUGUGAACUUAGAAAG